CACCCCCAAGUCCUUCAACCCACGAGUCACUCACGUACUGAAUAUUUUAUUGCGAAAUAUUUUCCACAUUUCGUGACUCUGGAUUAUCGAUUGGUCUGCCCCGAGACGGAGGAUAUAAAGUGAUCUUUAACGUGACUAAAACAUCUUGUGAAUAAUCUUGAUGAGUUUUUCAACGCGACGAUUGGCUAGAACCUCUGACGUCAGUGGAAACACUCACUCAGCGUUCUAGUUUUUUUACAUAUUUAUCUGGAUCGUUUGUAGUUGAAUAAUUCAGAGAUGGGGGAAAGGGGUAGGUGUCAGACGUAGGUGGAGACUUUAUUCUUGGUUGCGAGGAACUCAUGCAGGAAAAUAAGCUCGCAGGAUGGAGUCGACGUCCCCUCGUGCUUCAUCAGUUUGAUGGCAUUUAUCGAUACUGAGGGAAUAUCAUUCACUCGUUACACAUUUGCUGAGGUACUCGGCGAUUAUGGCGAACACUGCUCAUUUAGUCAGGAGACAGAGCUCUAGGGAUCUCAAGCCACAGAAGAGUGUUGAUCGUCUUGAGAUGAAGGAGAUGCGAGGGAGACUCGUUGUCGAGAGCAGGAAGACCACUGCUACUGCCAGUUAUGGAGCUACGAAUGCGGGUUUCGAUGACUCCAGUCCAAAUACCAAGAGCAAAGGUUUGAACACGGGGGAUGGCGGAGGUGCCAGUGGGGUAGGAGGCAGUAAAUUGGGUAGCAAUGAGGGCAAGGCAAUAUUUCGUCCAGAGGCAGGUGAGGACGAGCGUGAAAACUGGGACAGCAAGUUGACAUUCCUAUUGGCCACUGUUGGAUACGCCGUAGGCCUUGGUAAUGUCUGGAGAUUUCCCUAUUUGGCGCAGAAAAAUGGGGGUGGGGCUUUCCUCAUUCCAUACUUCGUUAUGCUCGCCAUCGAGGGCAUUCCUAUUUUUUACUUGGAGCUUGCCAUUGGCCAGAGACUCAGGAAGGGUGCUAUUGGAGUUUGGAAUCAGGUGUCACCGUUUCUGGGUGGCAUUGGCAUCAGCAGUGCUGUUGUCUCAUUCAAUGUUGCACUUUAUUACAAUACUAUUAUUGCCUGGUGCCUCUUUUACUUCGUUCAAAGCUUCCAGUCGGAAUUACCUUGGGCCACAUGUCCCAACAAGUACUUUCAGAAUGGAUCUUACGCCCCUGAACCAGAAUGUCAGCAAAGCAGCCCGACGCAGUAUUUCUGGUAUCGAACUACGUUGAUGAUCUCCAAGGACAUCAACACCCCUGAGGUGUUUAAUUGGAAGAUCGCAAUAGCCCUAGUUAUCGCCUGGAUUCUAGUCUACAUGUGUAUGAUAAAGGGGAUAGCCUCAUCGGGAAAGGUUGUGUAUGUCACAGCGACUUUCCCAUACAUCGUUCUCAUCAUCUUCUUCUUUCGAGGGGUCACGUUGAAGGGAAUGUCCGACGGGGUGCGGCAUCUCUUCACGCCGAAGUGGUACACACUGACUGAUCCAGUAGUAUGGCUCGAAGCUGGCACCCAGAUAUUUUUCUCCCUUGGUUUAGCAUUUGGAGGAUUAAUAGCAUUUUCAUCGUACAAUCCAGUUAAUAAUAAUUGUUAUCGUGAUGCUAUUAUGGUCAGCCUCACAAACUGCUUCACAUCGAUGUUCGCUGGCAUCGUGGUAUUCUCCAUUAUUGGUUUCAAAGCAACAAUGGUGUAUGAGCAGUGUCUGCACGAUCGCAAUCAGACAGUACUUAGUAUAUACGGGCAUAGUGAUAAAAUACCCAGUGUCUUGCCCCCAGGGGGUACUUUAUUGAACAUAACGAGUGGUAAUGGUAGUCUUGAUAAUAUCAUUAUGCCAGAAUUACCUGUGUGUGAUCUUGAGAAGGAGCUCGAUAAUUCUGCCUCCGGCACGGGACUCGCUUUUAUCAUAUUCACUGAGGCUAUUAAUCAAUUCCCUGGGGCUCAAUUCUGGUCUGUUCUAUUUUUCCUCAUGCUAUUUACACUUGGCAUUGAUUCGCAAUUUGGUACCCUCGAGGGCGUUGUCACUAGCAUUGUUGACAUGAAAUUAUUGCCUAAUUUGAGGAAAGAAAUUCUUACAGGUGGAAUUUGCCUAAUUUGCUGCAUAAUUUCCAUGGCCUUUGCCCACGGUGCUGGAAGCUACGUAUUCGUUCUCUUCGAUAAUUUCAGUGGAAACUUUCCCCUAUUAAUUAUUGCCUUCUUCGAGUGCAUCGGAGUGUCUUAUGUGUACGGGCUUAAACGGUUUGCCGAUGACAUUGAACUCAUGACGGGCAAUCGUCCUGGGCUCUACUGGCUCAUCUGCUGGAAGUACCUCAGUCCACUAGCCAUGUUAACUAUUCUUGUAGCAUCGUUUGUUGAAAUUAUUACCAAAGGCACGGGAUACGACGCCUGGAUACCCAGCAAAGGUGUCACUGAGAGGCAUGAAUGGCCUCCAUGGGGCAUGAUUCUCAUUGCUGUGCUGAUUAGUGCUUCAGUUUUGUGGAUUCCAGCGGUUGCCGUUUUCAGAUUCUUUGGAGUUCUCAUUAUCGAUGAUAAUGAGAAAGCCUGGUUCCCAGCUCAGGACCUGAAAGAAUUUCACGGAAUAGUUCCCCACGAGGUGACAGCCGCCGAAACCCUUCUCUUCUGCAUCAGGAGUGAUGGAUCUGAAGGUCUAUGCUGUCCCACAGGUGGUCCCAAUGACGAUGACGACGAAGAUCUCACCUAGAAUAUCCUCCGCCAGUCUAGGCUACUCAAGCCAGACUAAAUUAUAAUAAAACUCCAAGUGAAACGAGAAUUUGAAUGGCUCUCGACUGCAACUGUCUGCUCCCCAUAAUUUUUCUUUUUUAUUUUUCCUUGAUGGAUAUUUCUCAUCGUUCCUAGGGAAGGAUUCGCACUAUCGUAGGGUCAACCGUGUCAAUUACGCUGUGAAAAUAAUUCGUUAGCGAUGCCUGCCUAUUCCCUACCAUAAAUAAGAACAAAAAUCGGAAUGAAUCAUUUAUGUUUUUCUACGAAAUUUUUUCGUUCGUUUAACCACUUCGCAGAAUUCUCCAUCCAAAAAAGCGUUAAAAGGUAUUGAAUGGCAGAUUGAGGAUAGAAUGGUGUCGUUGCAUAUCGAGAACCCUCGCGGUAUAUCGUAAUAAUCAAUUGAACUUCGUGUGAUAAAUAAAUAACCACCGAAGUCGAAGUAUUAAUCUUAGAAUAGGGGCCGUCCAUUGGGCUUAAUAAUCAUCCAGUUCACAUCUUCAUUAUCCUUGAGGAGAAACAUUUCAACGAGUACUAUAAUUUUUGAGACAUUUUAAACUUCGAUUAAUUUGUGGAGAAAAAUAAAUUCAAAAAAACUAAAGACAAUAAGAGAAACUGAUGAAUAAUAACGACAAUAAUUGUUGAUUUAUUAUUAAUUGCACUGCACUUUGAGCACCUUGAAAUAACUGAGGCCUAUUUAUCGGAACGAAAUGAUAAUAAUUACGCGUGAUUAAGGUUUAACGUAAGGUGCGUUUUUUAGAAUGAUUUGAUUAUCGUGUUUUUCGAUUUUUUUAGAUUGUUUAAUGAUUGUUAUACAUGACCUACAGCCGUUCAGCUAUUGAUCUUCCCUCACCAGGCGCAUCUAGACCUACAUAUAUCUGAUUGUUACACAGUACAUAUCCUCUGAUCGUUACAUAUUUAUAAUUAUACAAGUACCCAGAGGCGACAAAUGCAACUGAAUAUCGAGUUAAGAUUAUUAAAGAGACUGGUGUGUACAAAAAUAAUAUGAAAGAAUUGAUCGAGAUAGUUGAACUUCCGUUACAAACAAAUGAACUCGUAAAAUUCCGAAUAACAUGUGCGAAAAACUUUCAUGAAAAUAUCCAGCGAAUUCCUCAGACAGAACCGAUGGAUUUCUAGUGGAAUAAUCUAUUAAGUUUCGUUCAAUUCUCCCAUUUAAUUUAAUGAAAGAAACAAUUGGAAAAUUUCAGACGAAUUCCGAUAGGAAAUUUCUUGAUAGAGAAAUGAGUUAGUACUUAUAUUCCCACUGAUUAAUUUCUGCAAAUCCAUUUUUCCCAAUAAAAUCGUCUGUGAAAUGAUAUAAUUUUCCAUUUAAUUCGCUGGAGUUACCGAUGAAAUUUUUUCGCGCAUAUAGAAACACACAAAAUAAUGUGAAGAAAAAUAUAUCAAAAGCGCAAUUUUUGGAGCAAUGAAUAAUCGACACGAAAGGACUACUACUGUUAAUCCAUAGACAUUACCAAAUCAAAUAAUUGUGUUGCUUGAAGACGUUCCUAUAGAGUUCUCCUUAGACAUCUGGUAAUUUUUCGUAGAAAGUAAUAAAGUAAGAUUGUAAAUAGUUUAAGAUUUCAUGCGCACACUGAGGAUAAUUAGUGUAUUCAAUUUGCAGUAUCAAUAAUUCUCAUAGGCAUGUAAAACGAGAGAAAACAUAAGGAUAACAGGCCUUUGAAGUUGUUCAUAAAUAUUUCCCCGAGUACAUUAGUUCGGUAAAUUGACGUAAAAAUUGGACAAUAAAAUUUUUUUUCGAUGUGAGCAAGAGAAGUUGUUAUUCAUAUGUUAGUUAUACAUAUCUUGAGUCGUAAUUCAAUGGCGAAGGACAAUAAGUUGGAUAAUUUAACGUGGUAUGUUUAGAGUAUACUAUUAUUGAGAGGAUAAUGUGCCGUUGCUUAUGAAGAAUUCUAAUUUCUGUUACUGGUGACAGAACUAAUGACUAGCUUAUAAAUGAUGAAUUACUGAUUAUUUAUCUACUACAGGACGCAUAUUUAUACGUACAUUAUAGAAAUUCAUCUGGAGCGAUAAUACAUAAUUGAAUAAACCUAUUAUACAAUUAAAAUUAUGUAUACGCAAAGCUGUACAUAUAUAUUGUUGUCAGUUGAAUGUUGAAAUAAAUACUGUG